AUGAACUGGGGCAAUGGACUACUUAGAACGGCGAACGGCUUCCCUCUACCUGACCAAAACAACCCUUACACCAUCAUUGUACUGGACGCAAACGGGAAACCCGUCUGCACCCCGGAACACCCGUACUUGUACACUGACAUGUCGGUGGAUCUGCGCGGUAAAGCCUACGAGAAGUUUUGGAAGUCAUACCCCGCCAUGAACACCUUGCUUCAGCAUCUACCGUCCGAGCUGCGCUGCGGGUUCUUUCAAGGACGGGGUUGCAAGGACGGCUACCUGCUCUACUACGGCUUUCGAGUAGAGCCGGACCAAAUGGAAAAAUGCGCGGCCGAGCUCCAGCUCGAUUACCACGGGCCCAUCGAUAUGUUACACGCGAUUCGCAAUGAGGUUUAUAAGCGUUCCGAAGAGAGGCUCUUCCCGUGGGCCCAAAUCAGCACGGAGCUGCCUGUUCCUGCAAGGUCCGAACGCUUUGGCUGUGGCCACAUCAUUACACUGUAUUCGAACGGGGAAGAAGGUAUUGGCAAGGACGGCCAGAGCGAGCCCAAGUGGUUCUGGGAUUAUUCUCAUGGACCGAACUUUGAAACCCUCCAGAACAAGGACGCAUGGGACGUGGCCGACGUCUUAAUUCUGGAAGACGAUGAAGAGUAG